AUGCCGCCACAAGCUCAUCACGGCCCAGCAGCUCCUCCUCGGGAGCAGGGACAUGUUCCUCCACAUCGUGGCUCUGGACCUCAUCACCGGAGGCGAUCACGGUAUGGCUUUCAUUGCUCUAUGGCUCCUGUUAACGUUGGAUGUUCCAGGAGCAAACCACGGCAUCAUGCUCCCCGUGCUAAUACACCACCACCGGGUCAUUCUCCACCGAGGCGAGCUUCACCAAGCAACGCUCCUCCUCGGGCAGUGGCGCCUCAUCCUCCACCAUCUCACAGUCGAGAGCACAGGGCUCCUCCUCCUCCAGCAAGGGAUCAUCCAGCAGCACCGCCUCCUCCUCCUCCAGCAAGGGAUCAUGGUCGCCAUAGGGAGAAGGGGCCGCCACCUCAAUCUCCCCCACACAGCCGCCCUGCAACUCAUGGCACGGCUCCUCCACAUCGCGGCUCACCUUCAGGCGGGAGGACGCCUUCAGCUCGCUCGCCACCUUUCAGGAGCAAACCACCUCCUACACCGUGGAGUGCUGGUUCGGAGACACCUCCUGCUCAUCAAACCAGCGAGCAUCCCGCAAAUGGUGAUGGAACUAGCAGCGGAGGGAAUCCGUGGACGUGGGAUUGGGAUUGGGAUCCAACCAUAGAGUGGCAGCCUGGUUACGUUCCAGCUACCGGCAGCCACAGCAGUGGCUCCAUCAGCCCUGCUCUUCCUCCUCCUCCUCAUGGCGGGAACUCGGCUCCAGCGGUUGCAGGAGUGGCAGCGGUCGUGUGGAUUCCUCUCGUGGGGCUCGUGUUGGUUAUUCUUGUCCUGCUGCUCCUGGUUGUGCGGUCGUGCCUCCGCCGCCGCGAGAGGAACAGGGACGAAGUAUUCAUCUACAAUGCUGCUGUGGCUUCCGAUCAUUAUUGA